GUUCCUGAAUCCUGCAGCACUCCUAACCCAGUCAGCUACUGAAGAAGAUGGAUCAAUCAAGAAAUCAUGGAAGUUAUGUACGGUUCAACAAUCAAGCUUAACAGUAAUUCCGGCCCUCACCAUGGACCGUCACUUUGGACCAAACUUCAAAAUCCCACCGGCAUCAAUAAUGGUUUUCACACUGCUUUCAGCAAUAUCACUCCCAUUGAUAGACCGGUUGUCCGACCCCAUAUGGCAAAAAAUCAGCAUCCCACCACUCACACUACUUCAAAAGAUAGGAAUUGGCCAUGUACUGACCAUUCUAAGCAUGGCCAUCUCAGCUUUGGUAGAAUCAACGCGUCUUCGACUAAGUAAAGCUCAUAACUUGCACUCCACUGUUCCUAUGGUGCCCAUGUCGGUUUUCUGGUUAAUUCCACAGCUUAUUCUUGUGGGCAUUGUUGAAGCGUUAUCUUUUCCAGCUCAAGCUUCAUUAUUUUACCAAGAAUUUCCUGCAUCUUUGAAGAGCACCUCAACCGCCAUGGCUGCAAUGCUUGUUGGCAUGGCAUUUUACUUGAGCGCUGCCCUUAUUGAUCUCUUCCGGAGAGUAACAAAUUGGUUACCUGAUAAUAUUAAUCAGGGAAGGCUAGACAAUGUAUACUGGAUGCUGGUUGCGAUUGGUGGAGUGAAUUUCGUUUAUUAUCUUGUUUGUACUUGGUUCUACAAGUCCAAUCAGCCAGAAGAGGAAUAG